AUGUCCACACCCUUGCCCCCGGACCCAUAUGUCGCCCUGAGUCUCAGCAAAGAUGCUACACCCUCGCAGAUCAAGACGACGUACCGCAAGCUCGUCUUGAGAUGCCAUCCGGACAAGGUCACGGACGAAUCGAAAAAGGCCGAGGCGUCUGACCAGUUCCAUCGCGUACAACAAGCAUACGAGAUUCUCAGUGACGAAGGACGCCGAUCACGCUACGAUGCCCAGAUCAAGAUGGCAGAACUGCGAAAGCAGAACAUGAGCAACAGACCUCCUGUCGAAGUCAGGACUGCUGCCUAUGAAGUGCCUACAUCUGGCCCUGGCAGAGCCACCUUUACCGCUAGAGGACCCGAAAGAGUAUACGAAGAACGCCGACCCGAGAGAUCCGACUCGGACGACUACUUUGGCGGCGCAACACGAACCACGUCACGAAAACACGAUGAUUACGAACGACAACCUAUCAAGAAGACGGCAGUACCCCCGAGAGAUGACAGAGAACGUACCAGAGUCUUGGAACGCGAGAGACGCGAGAGUGAACGAGCAUUACGAACAGACAAGAGGAGGACGCGUGAUCAAGACACGAAACGCGAAAGAGACAGGAAGUACUCGGCAUAUGACGAUGACAGCGACCCCGACUUGAGACAGGAAGCAGAAAGACGUAGGAGAGCUACCGAAGAAGCUACCAGAGACAAGGACAUGCGAGAAAGAGAGAGGACCAAGUUCGAUCGAGAACGGGAGCGUAGAGAUGACGGCGGUCGCGAGAGGGACGAGUACGAACGCGAAAAAUCGUCACGCCGAGGCUACGAUGCGCAGCACUACUCGCGGCUGGAGGACGAACUCCUGGCAUACACUGGAAGAGACAAACGACCAUCCCUUUCGCGCAGCACAUCGACGGCCACCAAGACCGAGACAUAUGUUGACCACUCAGGUCGACCAACCGCUUUCGUGCGCCGACACUCGGCGAAGCCUGCUGCAUCCCCUCAGCCACGUCGUGAACGCGACAGGAGGCCGAGCGUGCCCGACAUCAUCGAGGCCGAAGAACGCCGCUCUGCCACUCGACCCACGACCUUAUAUACCUCGGCAUCGUCGCCUUCGACCAUCAAGCUCCCUCGAGACCCGCCCCCUCGUAGCGUGAGCAUGAAGACAGGCGAUCGCAACGUGCCGCCCAUGCCCAUUCGCCGCUCCGAGACCAUGCCCAAUAUCUCUCCUAAGCGUGCCAAAGACUCGAAGCCCUCGACCAUGAGAGAUACCGACUUUUCUGCUGGCUACCCUACGCCCUCGGCAAGUCCAGACUACGCUCCCUCACCCACCGCCUCUUACAAAGCCUACCACUAUCCCUCUCGCGGGGACGACGACUAUCGCCGUACUGCCGAUCGUGACUACGAGCGUGAGCGCGAUCGUACCCGCGAACGCCGCAUCCAUCACUCUCCCGAGCCCAUGCGCGAGCCCAUACGCUCUUCCAAGUCUGCCACAACACCUCGCUACACUGCCACCGCUCCACAACCACCGCCGAUUAUGACGAACCCAAGCUAUAGCAGAAGCUACACGACCGAGUCACCAACCUCCUACACCAAUGCGCGACCUUCGCCCGUACGCCGCGAGACGCAGCGUGACUACGAUUCGCUGCCUAAAGCCUCAGUGCCAAAGGCAAACUCGAGUGCCAAGUAUGAGUAUCCCAUCGACAGCGUCCGUGACUAUGAGAAGGAACGCCGUAGAGGCAGCCCGGUCGACGAGUACGCUGGCUACUCGAGUCACAGAGCUUCCACCUCUGCUACACGUUCACACUUGCGUCGCCAGCACACGAGUGACUACACCUCCUCCUAUGCUCCACGCACUCAGCAAGUUGUUUAG